CGGCUGAGCGCGCUGCCCGCCGACGCCUUCUCCGGCCUGGAGGCACUGGAGGAGCUGCGCCUCGUGCAGGACGGUUUCUCCAGCCUGGCGCUGGUGGCGGCCGCGCUGUCGCCGCUGGCGCUGCCGUCGCUGCGCGCGCUCGACCUCAGCGAGAACCCGCUGGCCGCCGUGGGCGCCGGCGACCUGGCGCCCCUGGCCGGGUCGCCUCUGCGCGAGCUGCGCCUCGACAGCUGUCAGCUGGACUUCGUGCACAGCGCGGCGCUCUGCCCGCUGCGAAACCUCAGCACCCUCUCCCUCAGCGGGAACGCCCUCAACGAGUCCACGCUCACGGAGCUCGUGUCGGCACUGGUCGAAGGCAACUCGUCGCUGCGCGUGCUGGAGUUGUCUGGCGCGGGCUUCCAGAAGCGGCCGCCGCCGGAGCUGCUGUCGGCGGUGGGCCGGUCGGGCGUGACGAACCUGUCGCUGGCGGGCAACCGCUUCCAGACGCUGUCGGCGGGCGCGUUCCCCGCCAUGCCGCGGCUGCGCCACCUCGACCUGCGCGACGUGGCCGCCGUGUCGGUGCAGGAGGGCUCGCUCCACCCCGCGCUGCUGCCCCGCCUGAGCACGCUGCUGCUCGGCGGCAACAGCCUGCCCGGCGCCUCGGCCGGCUGCCUGCUGCCGCAGCUGCGCUCGCUCGACCUCUCCGCCAACUCGCGCGAGAAGCCGUCCCCGUCCGUCUUCGCCCUCGGCGAGAACAGCUUCGCCCACAUGCACAACCUCUCCUACCUCAACCUGUCUUACAAUAACAUACACUUCCUGCUCAAAGACACUUUCGGUGGCCUCACCAACCUGGACCAGGAACUCUCCCUGAAGCACGGCCACAUUUCUAGGAUCGAGGUGGGUGCCUUCCACGAUCUGAACAAACUGCGCUUCUUGACACUGGAGGACAACCGCCUGUCGGGAACCAAUCUCACGGCGGGAGUGUUCCGAGGACUGGACAGCCUCGAAGUACUCCUGCUGGGGAACUGCGGUAUCACGCACCUUGCCGACGACCCGAGUGUGUUCGUCCACCUCGUGAGUCUGCAGUACCUGAGCCUGGAGCGAAACGGCAUACACAGCAUCAGUGGCGUCGUUUUCGCGCCCCUCACGAAUUUACUGGGAAUCGAUUUGUCCCACAACGAGCUAGAGUCGUGGAAGAGAGGACGGGUGUUCGACAACAAUUCGAGGCUGGACACUGUGCUGCUCUCGUUUAACAGGAUGACGUACCUGUCUCCCGCCAUGCUGGACGACUUCUCCGGUCGGGCGCGCGUGGAGUUGGGGGACAAUCCCUUCAUCUGCUACGCGCCGCUGUACAAGAACGUCAGGGAGUGGCUGAGCGCGAACGGGGGCAGUGCAGGGAACUUGAGUGGCGAGGCGGCUCCCGCGUGCUACUCUCCGGACGCGUGGCGCGACCGCAACCUCUCGCAGUUCUUGCAGGCGCUGCUGGACGGAACCGCCGCGCCGGUGAAGACCUCCGCCUGGUGGCCCGGCGCUGUCGGCGGCUCCCUGCUGCUGCUGGUGCUGCUGGUGGCCGCCGUGUGCUACAACCAGCGCGCCUACCUCCGCUACUGGCUCUUCCUGGCGCGCACCGACCUCCUGGGCCGGUCGUGCGCCGGCCGCGCCGACCGCGCCCUGCAGUCGUACACCAACUACCAGUACGACGCCUUCGUGUCGUACAGCAGCGAGGACCGCAACUUCGUGGUGCGGCUCGUGGCGAUGCUCGAGAACUACGAGCCGUUCCUCAAGCUGUGCGUGUUCGAGCGCGACUUCCAAGUGGGCUCGGCCAUCUCGGAGUGCGUGCUGCAGUCGGUGGCGCUGAGUCGGCGCACCCUGCUCGUGGUGAGCGACGCGUUCGCGCGCUCGCAGUGGUGCCGCUGGGAGGCGACGCUGGCGCAGCACCAGCGCAUCUUCGGCGACGAGGGCGCGCUCGUCAUCGUCAAGCUGGGCGAGGUGCCGGGCGCGCACCUCACGCCCACGCUGCGCCACCUGCUGCGCACGCGCCUCUACCUCGAGUGGGACCCCGAGCCCGCCAAGCAGCGCCUCUUCUGGCAGAAGCUGCGCGCCGCGCUCUCCCCGCCCGCCAUCGCCGUCAAGGCUGGCGACCAGUGACGUCACGGCGUCUCUCUGUCCACCCAGGGCUCGCGGGCCACUUGGACGGAGUAUCUUCUCGAUCAGCUGCCUUCUCUGACCUGUGUAGUAGUGCUUAUAUCCAGGCUAUUCUUUCAUCACGUUCCUCGGAAUUGUACAUACGUUCGCCGUCUCACUCCACCAACUACUGGCCAUUCUGUAAUGGCCAGUCACGAUCUCACAAGAGACAUCGACCACGGAUUAGACUCCCCUACGGCAUUCUUCAUAUUUUCGUCAUUUUCGCGAUUCCUCAUUUCAUAUUUUCGUAUUUGAGAUCUAGAUCGCCCCUUCGAUCCUGGUUCGACGGAGCUUCUCAGGACCUAGCUGUCUUCCUUCCCCUGUGUUUCUUUUGUUGUGUCGCAGUGUCAAUUGCACCAAAAUUUCUUCACGACUGAUUUCAGCCCUUGGCCAUUUUCACGGUUUUUCAACUGAAUAAGAGCAGCCACUCUGACUGUUGCAGUGUGCCAGACGCACGGACAGCGGUAGUG